CAGGGACGGUUCCAAGCCAAGCGCGAGCCGCAGCCGGGCCGCGCGCCGCUGGCUGGGUGAGGGGGGGGAGAGAAGCAGCGGCGCCGGCACCGUCAAGCGGGUUGGUUGUCCGUUAAUGGAUGGGCAUCGUCUCUGAACUCGGUAAAGGCGGGCAGUGGGAGCCCCUGGAGAGAGUGAGCCGGCCCGUGGCUGAGUGGGGACGUCCCCCAUACCCCCUCGGCGGAGGUGGGCCGUUCCCGCUGUUGUUAUCGAGACCGAUGUAAACUUGGGGCGGACCGGCUCGAGACAACGAACGACGCGGACCGGCUAGAGACAAUCUCCACGGGGGGUGGGGAGAGGGAGGGACUGUGAGGGCCAGGCGGACCGGUUAGAGGCAACGUCCGCGGGGCCAGGAGGAUCAACUGGAGGCAACAUCCGCGGACCGGCUAGAGGCAACGUCCGCGGGCCAGGUGGACCGGCUAGAGGCAACGUCCGCGGGCCAGGCGGACCGGUUAGAGGCGGCGCGACCGAUCGGCUAACGAGGGCAGGCAGAGCUGCCGCGCCUCUUCACACAACUGGACAGUUUUGCCGCUGGAGCCGAGCCGGGUUUGUUGCUCCGUAACUUUAAUUCAGAAUGCCAUUAGUGAAGAGGAACAUUGAGCCAAGAUAUCUGUGCCACACAGUACUGCCAGGGAGUAUCCGUAAUGAAUUGGAAUGUGUCACAAACAUUUCUCUCGCAAAUGUAAUCCGACAGUUGAGUAGCCUCAGUAAAUAUGCAGAAGAUAUAUUUGGAGAGCUCUUCAAUGAGGCUCAUAGCUUCUCCUUCAGGGUUAACUCCCUGCAGGAACGUGUGGACCGCCUCUCCGUUAGUGUGACCCAGCUGGAUCCUAAAGAGGAAGAAUUGUCACUACAAGAUAUCACCAUGCGGAAAGCCUUUCGAAGCUCCACCAUUCAAGACCAGCAACUCUUUGACCGCAAAUCGUUACCCAUUCCACUGCUGGAAACGUACAGCACCUGUGAGAAACCUCCGCCUCUCAACAUCCUUUCUGCGUACAGAGACGAUGGUAAAGAUGGCUUGAAGUUCUACACAAAUCCGUCGUAUUUCUUCGAUCUGUGGAAGGAAAAGAUGCUUCAGGACACUGAAGAUAAAAGGAAAGAAAGGAAACAAAAGCAGAAACCAAUCGAUCGUCCUCGAGAACCGGACAAAAUGCCUAGAGCUCCUCAGGACAGGCGAAAGGUGUGGGAGAAGCAAGCGCCAGGCUUGGAACUUGCUGCUGAUGGAGACUUUCCACAGAAAAACAGAGAUAAUAUUAAUGGGCCACCAAUGUACCCCGAACCAAGGAAGGAAAUAUACAUUGAACAUAACGAGGACCACCUUGACCACCUUGUACAGUCCACGGUCCCCUUCAGACACAUUACCGAAAAUCCCAGUGGCUUAAGUGACAAAUUCUUUGUGUCCAGACCACAUGAGCCACCGCCACCACCGCCAGUACAGACGGCAGUCGACAUGAAGCCCGUCCAUCCAGCUUUUAGUUCCAAUUCCGAGCUGAUGGACCAUCGACUGAGAUCGCCAGCGACGAGCAAGGCCACGGUUUUUGUCAGCCCAGCCGUCCCACCUCCCCCUCCUCCCCUGCCGCCACCCCUGCCGCCUCUCCCUCUCACUGCCCCUGGGGCUUCAGUCAAAGUGGCUGGCAACCCUCCACCUGCCUCCCAGCCCAUGGUGUCGAUGCCCCCGGCCACUCCUCUCCAGAUUGCCCCAGGGGUGCUCCACCUGGCAGCUCCCCCCAUCGCUCCCCCCUUAAUAAAGCCCGUCCUCCCCGUCUCCGACAUGGUGCCCAUGGUUGACAUGACCACCUUCCCGGCUCAGUCCAACGGAGGGCAGGGGCUUCCUCCUCCGCCACCGCCCCCACCACCUCCGCCGCCCCCCUCAGGCCCAGCGGACCUUCUCGCCGCUCGGAGGGCCCGUCCCCCGCCCCCUGGACCCCCUCCCCCGCCCUCCUUCGGUUCGAGACCCACUCUCCCCUUGGCCCCACCAUCGUCUCCUUCGCAAGCCCACCCAGGGUCUGAUUCCAAGCGCCACCCAUCUUCUCUGCCGGUGAUAAGUGAUGCCAGGAGUGUUCUUCUCGAAGCCAUUCGCAAGGGCAUUCAACUCCGCAAGGUGGAGGAGCAGCGAGAACAAGAGGCAAAGCAUGAACAGGUUGGGAACGACGUUGCCACCAUCCUGUCGCGCCGCAUCGCGGUGGAGUACAGCGACUCUGAAGACGACUCCGAGUUUGACGAGGUGGACUGGCUGGAAUAGCCGCCUCCCGACAGCGUGGAGCUCACUCCUCUCAUUCAUUGUGGUACUCAGUCCAUGGGAAUGUAUCACACAUUUCAUAAGGGGGUCAUCGGGGUGGGGGGGGGGGGGGGGGGGGGGGGGAUGGGGUUUGUAUUUGUAAUACUGAACUUAACGGAGAAUUGAUAGCAGUUUUCUGGGAAGGAGAGGCAUAACUAAUUUUUGGAUCACCCGUACAUUACCUUUCUUCAUUCAGGCUGGUGUUUGUGUGAUGAUUACAGUUCUGUGGAGAGCGUGUAUUUUUUUUUAAACAAAAAAAAACAAACCACUAAGUAUUAAAAUUGGGACACCCUGCAUUGCCACAAGACCCAGUUUUGGGAAUCCUGUGCUUUUGUCUGAAUGCACUGGACUUUGAGGUAAAUGUACUUAUACUUGUACUUGGAGGACAGCUCGAACUCGUACUGUUGAAUCACAUUCGAAGCACUAUUUGUAAGCUAUAUAAGUCUUGCAAUGCAGCUGUUUCAGAGUGGAGAGAGAACCGGCCCUUGUAGAAAACAUUCCCCAGGUCAGUUGUAAACAAACCAUAUGCACUAAUACUCCUUCAUGAGUAAAUGGACUGCCUGUAAUAAAUAGAAGUCUUUGAUACAUUGUUGUGACAUGCCUUACUCUUAACAUUAAUAAUUUAAAUACAACUCAUUUUUGGUUGAAUGUACUAUUUUGCCUGCACAUGUGUUCAUCUGUGGAAACUACUGACUAGAAGACACUACAUUACCUAUUUAACUGCAAGUGAUACAAAUGCGUUUUCUGGCAUUUACUGUAUUUAAUAAAUCGAUUUGUUUGAAAUCUC